UAAUAACAACAACAGCAGUAUCGAAAAAAGGGGGAAAUCAGGGCUUACUAACUGACUGAACCAUCUAUGUACAAACAAAAUUCACAGGACAAAACAAUAGUAGCACAGAACGUGUACCCGGCACCAGUGGAUUAAUUAUUCAUGAGUCACUGUCUUACCCAAACCCCUUCAUUCUAGAUUAAUCUUUAAUUUAUUGGCGAGUCCCUUAGGUCUGAGCUUCAGUUUGGGGCGAGAGAAACUUUGAUAUCAAGGCAAAAGUUGGUAGCUGUAAUAUCCAUCCUUGUUUGAUGUUGAAAUUAAAUAUCCAUCUUUCACAAUUCCUAUUAAUCAACGAUAAAGCCUUUUUAUAGUAAUGUUAGGAGUAAAAUAUAUAAAAGAAGUUACAAUAUUUUUGCUGAGAGGUUAGCAUUAAUGAAUAUUUAAUGAAUCACAGAUAGCUACAUCAUGCCAGUUAUCGCAUUGUCUUUAGAUAUGGCGAAUAAAAUCUUUAGUAAUGAUGUUUACGUACAUAACUGUCCAUAGUUUCCGUGGUAAUUAUGCAUGUAGCAGCAGUAAAAUUAAUCGUAUUAAUAUCAGUAUCAGCAGCCUACUAAUUCAGUAACUCAUAAAUAUUAAUUUCUGUUCAAUGAAACUUCCCCAGCUCCACAAGCACCAUCUGGUAUAACAGUCAUGAUGGUAGAAGAUGAGUCAGACCACCUGCAUGUGACCUGGAUACAGCCCAUGUCUCCUGGGCCCACGUGUCCCAUUACCAACAACAGCAUAAGAUGGUCUUUAGUCAACACGGGGGAUACAGUUGGUACAGAUGAAAUUAUUGCUAGUUCGGAAUACUUUAUACCUGGUCUGGAGGCCUACACAGCUUAUGCAGUGCACAUUGCUUCUAAAACAGAUGGUGGGUUUGGUCAGGAAGGUAGCGCAAGCAAUACCACUGAUCAAGACAUUCCUGGCUCUCCAAUAAUCGAUUCGUUGGAAGUCGUAACGCCUUCGUCACUGUUGGUUAAAUGGCUACCGCCACCUCAGCCAAAUGGUGUCAUCACGGGAUACAAGAUUGAAUGGAUGUGUGAAAAUCAGAAUACUGCACACCUGGAUAAUAAUCACAAUCGCUAUGAAAUAACAAAUCUAACCGCAUGUGUCUUCCAUGAGAUAACUGUUAUGGCUGAGACAAUAAAAGGUUUUGGAGAAAGAAGUGCUAAGAAUACAACAAUGUCAGUAGCUCCUGAGGCGCCAGAGAACGUGUCUGCUUUUAAGGUGUCCAACAUACCAGACCAGAUCAAAGUAACAUGGACGCAGCCUAAACCAUCUGGAAACUGUACCAUUACUGCUAACAAGGUGAAGUGGACGUGGCAAACAAAGGGAAAUAUGAAAACGAAACAGUGAUAUCAAACACCUCCAAUUAUACCAUCAGCGGCCUAAAGCCAUACACCAAUUACACUGUGUGCGUGGCAUCUCAAACGGAAGGAGGAUACGGACCCUAUGGAGAAUGCGACACUGCUGUCACCGAAGAAGACGGUAAAUAGUUUGGAACUUUAAUGUUAUAGACCACUCUAGACAUAGAUAUAACAAAACACGUACGAACUGAGUUCGUAAUAUAUAUGAAGAUGAGCAGACGAUUACUAAAUCUAAAUUUAUUCGUCAUUAUUAACUUGUGUUCCAAAGCUUGCUUUUGUGUAUAUAUUAUAUAUACAGUGUCUUUCUCAAUAAAAUGAAAAUAUAUAUACUUAUACAAAGUUAUAAUACAGAACAAAACUAAUACUAGGUCUGAGUAAAUAAUGAAAAGGCUAAAAAAGUGAGAUAGGUAGAACUAGUAAUUGACUUCUAGGUGAUUAAACACUCACAGAGUAUUCAUUUGUAGUCAGCACAGCACAGUCAGGCACAGUGGGCAUGGCACGUAUUUUUCUGGCAUCCCACCAUCAGUGGGCUAAAUAUUAUUGUCGAAUCGUGUGCUUUUGACGACUUAUGAAGAAAUUAACAUUUGCUAAAUUUGUAUUCACCCCUUACUCGUUAACAGCGAUAGCUCGUGUUUCAAAUUAAUCCAGCACUAAUUUCCGUCACAGUUGAAGCAUAGUUACAAUAUCAUUCAGAAUAGCUGAGGAAGACAUGAUAAUAACAUGGAUAUUGCGGGGUUAAGAACAAAGAUCGAGGUAAAUCACUCUGUAACUUCGCCACUUCGAUGUAGUCACAGCUCCCCAACCCACGCCGGAUACUCAAAAGAGUUUACAAUGUAUCUUGCAUCGAAGCCGUUAGUGUCGUAAGGCCUCCCCGAAGGCGAUACACGAAGCAAAAAUAUCCACCAUGUUAUGACGUUUACAUACUGUAAAAUACCUUGUAAAUCACGACUGCUCUGGGGAUCUCGCACAGGUUUCAAACCGGAUAUAGUACAGUUUAUUUCCCAAUUACUUAGUCGACAGAAACCUUUAUUUGACUAUAAUAUGCCUUUUCCAUAUUUAAUACCAGGAUUUUUUUUAUGAUUUUUUUACUUUCGUUCUUUACUUCCCAUGCUGUAUCAUUAUUUUGAAUCAUAUAUAAGUUAAAUGUAAAUCUAAAUUAACAGACGGCAAACACAAUGUUUCUUUGAUGUCAAAUAUCCAGCUAAACAAUCCCUUCAAGAAAUAUUAUUCCAGUGAUUCAUUUAUUCUCCCGUAUGUAUAGAUUGACAUUGAAUUACUUUCAUAUAAAAUUAUGAUAAUUUGCCUGAAGAUUUAACGCAUCCCUCUCAUACACAGCUUCAAAAAGUUUCUGUUCGCAAUGUAUUAUUGCAGCCCCCCCCCCCAAAAAAAAAAUAUAUAUAUAUAUAUAUAUACAAUAAUAAAUAAAUAAAUAAAUAAAUUGAUUAAUAAAAUGUAUAUAACAAUUAGUCAAAUUUGGGAGUUCUUAGAAAACAAUAUUAUUUUUUUUGGAAAUAAUUUUGGGAUGCGUAAUACUUAAAUCACCACGUGUUUGCAAUAAUAUAUGUGCUGUUUUUUUCCGGAAAAUUCAUCAUAGUUCAUUUAUCGUACAACACAUGAUUGAAUUUUUGGAAAUAUUACUCAGGGAGACAUUCGCUGGGCCUUCCAUCGUGUUGGUUACUGUUGGUGUGGUAAUAAGACAGCUGAGAUCCAUGACUUUCCAUUGGUUGUGUAAGGUUUUCUGUCGAGGGAAAACCCGAAAUAUCAUCCACCCAAGCAGCUGAUGGCGGCUUAGGGCCGAAAGAAGGAGGGAGGGGGCCCGUUCACUGACCCAUGCCCCAGGUACACAUCCCUUAAGAAAUGGGUCUGGCUAUGCUGUUCUUGACUUAUGAAUAAAAAUUGGAAAAUAAAAGCAAAGCACCACGGGUGAAUAAAAAUAUAAAUAUGAUAAAAAAAGAUAAGGCUCGUCUGAAGGAACGGACACAAAAAAAUGACAAGCUUAGAAGGGAAUGGGGUAUCUCUGGCUGGUGCUGGCCAAUGUAAAACUUCGUAAACCUUGUGUUAAUGUAAAUGCCCACGUCCAGCAGUAUCCUGACUGGCAUGUAAAAGAUGGCUCAAACACAACCUUGUCCCUGCUGCUCCAGCGACGCCACAGUAUAGGGUAAUCCAGGGGGGUACACUCAAACACCGAGUCCAGAGACAACUCCCUUAUGGGUUUAUUUUCCCAAGGUUUAUUUACAGCUUCGCCACGUCAUCGUGGCGACAGUUAUUUUAACAAUUUCUUAUACAAAGAGCGAACAUUAAACCUCUUAACAAUUUUUCAAUCAAUAAAUAAAAGUAAAAGAAUUUAGAAUAACGAAAAAAAAAA